GUUGUUGCUCUCGUGGUGGACAACGGCAGUGGCAUGUGCAAGGCAGACACUGCACCAUCCUAUCGAGCUGGCUUUUCGGGCGAUGAUGCUCCGCGAGUUGUCUUCCCGUCCAUCAUCGGACGCCCGAAGUUUGCGAACAUCAUGGUUGGGCAGUCCGGUUCGCUUGCUUCCCUGGACAACUUGGUGUCUCGCAACCGUUUUGGCUUCUCCGCUCGGCCGCCUGCCAGCUACCUCCCGCACCCCUGCCCUACUGAGAUUUCGGCAGCCAUGUCAGACGAGGUUGUUGCUCUUGUGGUAGACAAUGGCAGCGGCAUGUGCAAGGCUGGUUUUUCUGGCGACGACGCUCCGCGAGCAGUCUUCCCAUCCAUCAUCGGGCGUCCGAAGUUCUCCAACAUCAUGGUAGGCAUGGACAAGCAAGACCACUUGAUUGGAGAUGCAGCUCAAGCCAAGCGUGGGGUCUUGAGCCUCAAGUACCCAAUUGAGCAUGGCAUCGUGACGAAUUGGGACGACAUGGAGCGCAUUUGGCACCACACUUUCUACAACGAGCUGCGCGCAUCGCCUGAGGAGCACCCAGUCUUGCUGACAGAG